CUUCAGUGUCCUGGUGUCUUCGUGAUCUCACAUCCCUCGAUGGCCUGGAAAUCCCCGUAACUCUCAUCGAUACUUCAGUCUUUGUUUGACCUACACCCUGGUCGCUCAUCGGGCACCUCUGUUUCUAGCUUGGGCGUUUAUGGAUUGACAAAGCAGACGACUAUGUCCUCCCCUGGGCUUGAUAUCUCCGAACUCUCGGACACCGAGAGGUCUGCUCUCGAAACCUACAUCACCGUGACAGGUCAGGAGCCGUCCGAGGCCAUUCCGCUGUUGCGUCGAUGCCAGUGGAAUGUUCAGAUUGCAAUCUCGAAGUUCUUUGAUGGCGAAGGGCCAGAUCCCGUUGAGGAAGCCCGCGCAGCAGUCGACAACACCCCCCCUCCUCGACAGAAUCGGCAGACGCAGAACCUCAUGAGAGAUGACCUCACCGCGCAGUUAACCCCGACCCCCCGAGCGGCCGACCCUGCUCCUCGGGUCGUGACACAACCGGAAGACCAGCCGGUCUAUCGCCCGCCAUUCCUACUGGCACUACUGUUUACUCCGUUUAAUAUUCUUUACCGGAUACUUUGCAGCUCUUUCCGCUUGUUUGGAGCGUUGUUCCCCUUCCUGCCCCGCUUUUUCAACACGACUGCAAAUCCCGCUCUACAGGGUGCCCGGCGAAACACUAAUGGGCGUCGCACUCUGGGACCGAAAGACACGGCCGCUCGAUUCAUCCGGGAAUUCGAGGAGGAAUAUGGCACGAACGCGCUUGGAUUCCUGGAGAAUGGAUACAAUAUGUCUCUCGAGAAAGCCCACAAGGACCUCAAGUUCCUUCUGGUGGUCUUGCUUGCUCCUGAACAUGACGACACCAAUGGCUGGGUCCGCGAUACGCUUCUUUCCCGGGAGGUAGUGGACUUUGUUAGCGACCCACAGAAUGGUGUUCUCGUCUGGGGAGGCAAUGUCCAGGACUCGGAAGCUUACCAGGUGUCCAACUCUCUGAAGUGCACCAAGUUUCCCUUUGCCGCUGCUAUAGUGCACACCCCUAAUGUGUCAUCGACGGCGAUGUCAGUGGUGACGAGAAUCUCCGGAACUACCUCUCCGACGGAAUUCGUGGACCAACUCCGGUCUGCGAUCUCACAGCACAAAGAACCCCUUGAGCGGAUUGGCGCUACCAGGGCAGAGCAACAGGCAUCUCGCAGCCUCCGAGAACAACAGGACGAAGCCUACGAACGGUCUCUGGCUACUGAUCGGGAACGAAAACGACAGCAACAAGAAGCGGAAGCUGCUCGCCAGCGGGAAGAACAAGAGGCCGCCGAGCGUGAAGUGGCCGAGCAGAAACGGAUACACGAUCUUGGGCAAUGGAAGCGGUGGCGCGCACAGACCAUCGCUGACGAGCCGGGCCCGGAUGUCAAAGACGCAGUCCGCGUUAGCAUUCGUCUAACUUCCGGGGAGCGAGUCAUCCGCAAGUUUGGACCUGCCGAGGGAAUUGAGGAGCUUUAUGCUUUUGUGGAAUGUUAUGACGUUCUGCAAUCGCAAGGUGAAAACAGUACGGAUGUUGAAAAACCCAAUGGUUUUGAACAUGAGUACAAAUUCCGAUUGGUCUCGCCGAUGCCUCGGGCCGUGUAUGAGAUCGAUGCCGGGGGCACGAUCCGCGACCAGAUUGGUCGGGGAGGCAACCUCCUUGUCGAGCCGAUUGACGAGGAUAGUGACGAAGAGGAUGAAGCCGAAGAAGAAUCCUAGUUGUCUUGAAUGAAUGCAUGUAUUAAUAAGUUUUGAGUCCAUGACCACUGGAGAGUUCAACAAUUUCCUAGGUACUACGUAUGAGUUUGCGCCACCCACGGUUAACAUCACGGAGUAGUGUAUU